GGUCCGCCAGACUCAAAUUCUAUCCAAUGAGAGCGAAGCGCAGCAGAUUCGAUCCUUGGCUGAACCACUUUUGUUUGAGCUCUCGUCUUAGUAACAACACAGUUGAAUCGGAUUAUUAACCCAAACUAUAUGCAUUUUUGCUUCUCUAAAACAAGUCACCGGACUAAAGAAGAAAGUUUUAUACCAUAAGCAGAACACGGAGCAGCGGCUGCAGAGCUUUAUUUUUAGGAAGAAACCGUCAGGGAGUGAGCCAUGCCUUUUCCAAGGGGAAGGAAACCCACAGCGGCCGCUGGCAGCAAAAUACCCAAACUGAAUGCAACAGCGUCCGAGAACCAGGAGGAAGCGACACAGGUUAAGAGGUCCUCCUCCCCUCCUCGUGGAGCUCCCAAGAAGAGGACUGCUUUCAUCGAUAUCACCAAUGCUCAUAAGGUACAGAUCAGCUUUCCUGGGAAGAAGAAGGAACCAGGGAAGAAGACUGCAAAGAAAACCAGCUCCACCUCAGCGUCUGCAAGCAACCUAGCUAACCUGAAAAAGUCGUCGUCGUCUGUGAGCUCAGAGGGAACGAUAUCCGAGCGAGAGAGGACCGAUACGGAGGAGGAGGAGAAGGAAGGGGACACGUCGGCCGAUGUGGCAGCUCCUGUAGAAGAGCAGGCUGCUGCUACAUCUCCUGCUGCCCGUGAAGUGCCGGCACACCUUCGGAGACAAGAAAUCCCAAAGGAGUUUGACAUUGACUCUGAGAACUCUGAGGACUGCUACAUGUGUCCAGAGUAUGCAAAGGAUAUUUUUGACUACCUUAAAAACAGAGAGGAGAAGUUUGUCCUCUGUAACUACAUGCCCACGCAGCCCAGCCUCAACUCAGAGAUGAGGGCCAUCCUGAUUGACUGGCUGGUCGAAGUACAGGAGAAUUUCGAGCUGUACCACGAGACCCUCUACCUGGCGGUAAAGAUGACGGACCACUACUUGGCUAAAACCCCGGUCCACAGGGAGAUGCUGCAGCUCGUUGGCUCUACCGCCAUGCUCGUAGCCUCCAAAUUUGAGGAGCACAGCCCGCCUUGCGUCGACGACUUCUUGUACAUUUGUGACGACGCAUACAAAAGGGAGGAGCUCAUCUCCAUGGAGGCCAGCAUCCUGCAGACGCUGUCUUUUGACAUCAACAUCCCCAUCCCGUAUCGAUUCCUCAGACGCUAUGCCAAGUGCGUGAGCGCCAGCAUGGACACGCUGACUCUGGCUCGCUACUACUGCGAGAUGAGUCUCAUGGAGAUGGACCUUGUUCCAGAGAGAGGCUCGUUGGUGGCCUCGGCCUGCCUGCUGAUGGCGCUGGUCACCAAAGACCUGGGAGGAUGGUCUCCCAUCCUGCAGUUUCACUCGGGCUAUCAGGCGUCAGAUUUGGCGCCCGUUGUCAGGAGAAUCUACUCGAUGCUCUCAGCACCUCCUGAUGAUAAACUGAGAGCCAUCAAGAACAAAUACUCACAUAAGGUGUUUUUUGAAGUUGCGUCUCUGCCAUUGCUCAGUAUCGACAUUUUGGAGAAAGCCUUGAGCUCUUAGUGACGUGUCUGGUUCAGAAGUUGGGAAAAUGAAGCUUAAGAUGAGUGAAAGUAUUUUUCAAAUUUCCCUCAAGAGGAAACAUGUAUAUAAAAUGUGAAUAUGUUUAA